AAGUCUCAUGAACAGCUUGCCUUUAUUCAUCUCUCUCUACCAUUUCCUGAAAAAUCACUUUUUUACUCUCUCUCUAGAAUUAUUAAGCUGGAGUGAGACUAGGCAAGUGUGUUUCUUGAUGACCCUCUUCGUUGUCAUUCCAAAAUCUCUUCUUCCCCCUCAUUAUUAGUCUUCUAGUCCUAUACACACAAACCACUUUACAGUGCAUAUCAUAUAUACUUACAUACAUACAAAUCCUUCACUUUAUUAUCUCUGUUGUUAUCAAUUCCCAGUUGAAAAUUUGAGAAAUGGAGUUGAGGUUACUUAUGUUGAUCCUGCCCUUUGGCUUCUUUCUCUUUCUUGAUAUCUGCAUAGCCCAGCCAGGUUUCGUAAGUUACGAUUGUGGAGGCAAAGACAAUUUCACUGACGAACUUGGUCUUCUGUGGACUCCUGAUAGUCUUGUUAAGCAUGGAGAAGUUGCAAAUAUAUCUGUUCCAGAUGAGAUAAGAAAGCAAUAUAUGAGUGUGAGAUAUUUUCCUGCUGAUAAUAAGAAGUAUUGUUACACCUUUAAUGUCACAAGUAGGACAAGGUAUCUAGUAAGAGCAACCUUCUUGUAUGGAAACUUCGACAACAAUAAUGUGUACCCAAAGUUUGACAUUUCCCUAGGGCCAACUCACUGGGCAACAAUAGUCGUUUCCGAUGCCAAUACAAUAGAGGUUCAGGAGUUGAUCUUUCUAGCUUUGGAUCCAAGCAUCAGUGUAUGUUUAUCCAAUGCUACGACAGGGCAGCCCUUUAUUUCGACUCUUGAGCUGCGGCAAUUUAAUGGUUCAAUUUAUCUCACGGAAUUUGAGAACCAGUUCUUUCUAAGUGUCUCAGCAAGAAUUAAUUUUGGUGCAGAAAGUGAAGCUCCAGUCAGGUAUCCCGAUGAUCCAUUUGAUAGAAUAUGGGAAUCUGAUUCAAUAAAAAAAGCAAAUUAUCUUGUUGACGUUGCUGUUGGAACGGAAAAGAUAUCAACUAAAAUGCCAGUCUUUGUUAGCAAAGAUGAGAGUCCACCGCAGAAAGUGAUGCAAACAGCUGUCAUUGGUAGAAACGGUUCACUGACAUACCGCAUGAACCUAGAGGGCUUUCCAGGCUUUGGUUGGGCAUCCACCUAUUUUGCAGAAAUUGAAGACUUGGCUCCUGAUCAAGUUAGGAAAUUCAGGCUAGUACUCCCUGGGAAUCCUGAAAUCAGCAAACUUAUUGUGGACAUAGAAGAAAAUGCUUUAGGGAAAUACCGCAUGUAUGAACCAGGGUUCACCAACAUAUCUCUUCCUUUUGUUUUAUCUUUUAAAUUUGCGAAGGCACCUGAUUCUACAGAAGGGCCACUUUUGAAUGCAAUGGAGAUCAACAAAUACCUGAAGAAAAGUGAAGGUUCCUUCGAUGAAUUGGCUAUUUCUGGAGUAGUCUCUUCAUACUCAUCAGCAGACUGGGCACAGGAAGGUGGUGAUCCAUGUUUGCCAGUUCCAUGGUCCUGGGUACAGUGCAAUUCAGAUUCUCAACCCAGAAUAACUUCUAUUAAGUUGUCGGGGAAGAAUUUAACAGGGAGUAUUCCAACGGACUUGACGAAAUUAAGCAGCUUAACUGAGUUGUGGCUUGAUGGGAAUUCACUUACUGGUUCAAUUCCUGAUUUCACUGGAAACACAAACUUGAAAAUAAUACAUCUUGAAAAUAAUCAGUUGAGUGGGGAGCUGCCUUCUUCAUUAGCCGACCUUCCCAAUUUGAGAGAACUGUAUUUGCAGGAUAACAGAUUAUCUGGAGCAAUACCACCAUCUCUUUUAAAAAAGAAUCUGGUUAUAAACUAUGCUGGAAACCUUGAUCUUCAUAAGGGAGGAAGCAGUGAGAACAACAAAACCAUUACUGGUUUGUCGAUUGGAGCUGCAGUUCUGGUCAUAGCUACUAUAGCUUCUUGCUUUUUGAUGAAUAAAAGAAAAAAGAAAAGCCCUAAGCAAGACCCAUCUCGGCAAAAUGUCAAUAGGCCUAUCAAUUCCUUUGGUGAUGCUGCUACAGAAUCCGCACAAUGCUUCACAUUGACAGACCUACAAGUCGCUACAAAGAAUUUCGAGAGGAAAGUUGGGUCAGGUGGUUUUGGGAUUGUAUUCUACGGAAAACUAAAAGAUGGCAGGGAAAUAGCAGUGAAACUUCUUACUAAUAAUUCUUUCCAAGGCAAGCGAGAAUUUUCAAAUGAGGUGACUCUUCUCUCAAGGAUACACCACAGAAAUUUGGUACAGUUUCUUGGAUUUUGCCAAGAAGAUGCAAAGAGCAUUCUUGUUUAUGAAUUCAUGCAUAAUGGAACUCUGAAGGAGCAUCUUUAUGGACCUUUAACACGUGAGAGAAGUAUGAGUUGGAUCAAGCGGCUGGAGAUUGCAGAAGAUGCUGCCCGAGGUAUCGAGUACCUUCAUACUGGUUGUGUCCCUUCCAUCAUCCAUAGGGAUUUGAAAACCAGCAAUAUUCUUCUUGACAUGAAUAUGAGAGCUAAAGUUUCAGAUUUUGGUCUCUCAAAACUUGCAAUAGAAGGAGCCUCCCAUGUAUCCAGUAUAGUUCGAGGCACUGUUGGGUAUCUAGACCCAGAGUAUUAUAUAUCCCAGCAGUUGACCGAUAAGAGUGAUGUUUAUAGUUUUGGGGUCAUACUUCUUGAGUUGAUAUCUGGCCAAGAAGCCAUAUCAAAUGAAAGUUUUGGCGUAAAUUGUCGUAAUAUAGUCCAGUGGGCAAAGCUGCACAUUGAGAAUGGGGAUAUUCAAGGAAUAAUAGACCCUUCGUUACAAGGUGACUAUGAUAUUCAAUCGAUGUGGAAAAUAGCUGAGAAAGCAUUGAUGUGCGUUCAGCCACAUGGAAAUACAAGACCAUCAAUAUCAGAAGUCAUCAAAGAGAUCCAAGAUGCUAUUUUAAUAGAAAGGGGGACUGAGGGGGUAAGACAUGGUAGCUCUGAAGAAAUGUCGAGGCAGUCAGUUCAUUCUUCCUUGCAUGCAGGAUCACUAGAUUUUGGUGCUAGUGAGCAUUACUUGUCCAUUGAUGACUCCAUUGCACGACCAACAGCUCGAUGAUUCUUGUAAUUCAUAUUCUUUUUAGCUGCUAGGAAAAUAUUAUAUUCCUGCAGUACUCUUGGUAGUCAAAAUUUUUUGAUGCUCUGCAAAAUGUAAGCUCAGAAGUUAUAUAGAUUGGUUUAGUGAGUUUGAGAUAUUCUGUUGAUUUCAAAUCAUGCUCUGUUUGUUGUAUGAUUACUUGGAUGUAAUUUGUUACAACACUUGGAGCAUUGACAAGAAGUAUAAUUUGCAUAGCUUACAAGUUUAAUAUAAUGGGUCUUGUUGUGA